UCCAUUUUUUAUUUUUAUUUUCACAUCAUUCGAAAUCUUACCCAAAUGUCCGAAAAAGUAUUUUAUACCCAACCCUAUCAAUGCUCGAUCCAAGACGGUGACCGUGUGCUCGAGUCUGCUGUUCAGUAUUUAUCUGCAGCCUGCAUAGCCCAAUGGCUCCAACAAAGUCCUAGUGCCAAAGCAACACUGACCCUCGAUGGCGAUACUAUCGAUCUUCCUGUCUAUGCUCUGCGACGAAGAAAUGCCGUGGUCGCCGAUUUACCGGAUGCUCCCAUCAUGGCCUAAAUCAAAGUCAUCACCACUUCCAUAUACACUGUGCCAUAACAACCAUACCGCCAACCCAUAGAUACCUUUGGUUUAUCCAAAGUUUUUUUUUUUCUCUUGCUUCAUCAACACUCAACAUCAUUCUGUAUCCAUCCAUCCUCGUUACUUUUGUAUAGAAAUUUGUCAUCAUAACA